CCAAAUAUUUUUGGGAAAGGAAAUGAGAUCAGCGACAGGUAGAAAGAAAAUUUACUGGGAAGGUAGUGGGGACACGUGGCGUGUACCCACUGCGGAAUAUGAAAAGAAAUGGUUCCCACAGCGGGACGUGAAAGUUUUAAGUCACCUUGUUUCUUUUCCGAGUCCCCAAACAGAGAGAUCUCUCUACCCCGUUAAAAUUCGGGAAAGUAAGGAGAAGCGAAAUGGAAGCUGAAGCCAAAGCCCAAACUCAAACGGAAAACCACCACCACCAGCAACACAAAUCGCCCAUAAAGAAAUCAACGUCGAGGAACUCUGACUUGUCGUCCACUCACACGGACUUGUCACAUUCUCCACUCCGCGGCUCCCCCUCCCCGAUGCCAUCCGAGUACGGUGAAACCUUCGAGUCACUGCAAAACUCUCCAGUGAAACCUUCGGACAACUCCAUGGCGAUGGUUGUCGUCGACAAGUGCACGCCGUAUUCGCCGCUGAAGUCUCCCUCGGACGGCCAGAAACCGCCGGAGAGCGCGAGCAAGAACAGAAACGCCCAGGCGGCGGACUCUCCGUCUCCGGGGAGUGUUUUGAAUCGGGCGAUCAGGGAAGAGCCGACUCAGUCGGUGUGGAAGGUGGGACCGGUCGGCAGUGGGGAUGAUCCGAGAUCGGGAACGGUGGCGUCGAUUCUGAAGAGGUCCAAGAGUGAGGAGAUGCUUAAGAUGGCUGCGCUAGGGUUUCGGCUGAGCGAGUUUGUGCUCUGCUUAAUUUCCUUUGCAGUUAUGGCCGCCGAUAAAACCCAGGGUUGGAGCGGCGACUCCUUCGACCGCUAUAAGGAAUACAGGUAUUGUUUAUCUAUUAAUGUCAUCGCAUUUGUAUAUUCGAGUUUCCAAGCAUACGAUUUAACCUACCAUCUGGUGACCGGAAAUUAUAUGAUUCGCCACUAUCUACGGCGUCAUUUUGUUUUCUUUAUGGAUCAGAUUGAGUCAACUGCUGAAACCAUUAGGAAGUGCUACAGGUGUUCAGACUAGUCAGCCCCAAGCUAAGUGAUAUUACCCCUAAAAUAUAACUUAGCUUGGGUCUGUUCUCUAUGUUAGUUUCCAAACGUUCCCAUCCCUUGGCAUUCCAAUUUAUGAUUAAUAUUGAGGGUCGUAACCUCUUAUUGUCAUUUGCUUGAGAACCUUCUGUGUUUACAUCCUGAGCCAAAUGGUACUUGUUGAUAUGUUAAUUUGAUUGGCAGGUACUAGCAUAUCUUCUCAUAUCAUCAUCCUCAUCAGCAGCCACCCGGGUUGACGAUUGGCAAUCAAACUGGGGGAAAGAUGAGUUCACAGAGAUGGCUACUGCAUCUGUCAGUAUGGCAUUCCUAGCUUUUGCUGCUUUCGC